GUCAAAUCAGCUCGGCUGGGGACACGAGCAUUGGCUCGGAUCAUGGGCCGGGGGGAAUUGUACGGCAGUACAGGACACACGCGUGCAACCCAUGAUUCUUCGCCCCAAGAAAGCAUCUUGGCCUGCAAUUUGGCACACGUUAUGCACGCAUGGGCGGCAACAUACUUAUAUUUAGGGAGGCCAGGAAGGCGGUCUGCAGCGAGUGGGCCCAUGCAGCGGGGCCAGCGGCUGCUGUUGGGUGGGGAUUGUGCGCGCCCGGCCGGAUUUCGCGGGUUUAAGAACGGCGAUGGCUUAAUACAUGUCUCCAUAAUGUACUGUGCGAGUUUGGAGCGAAUAGGCGUGCGGAUCAUGAGGUCACACGGUCACCGGCAUCAAUUCGGAGCAUGCUCCCCGGUGCACCGGUGAACUUCCUUAAUCCUCGCGGCGAGGAGCCGGACGCGGAGACGCUGCAGAACUAUAAUGACAUCGCCGUGCCUGGUCUGCAGAAGUCCCAAAAGGACUAUUUCCUCGAGCAGGCCUCCAAGAAGAAGCAGGAAAUGGAGGCGCUCGUUGCGGAUGUCAUGCGCAAGAAGGCGACCGCGCUGGAGGAGGCGCGCACCAGCGAGGCGGCCAAGCGCGCGCGUGCGGAGCUGGAGGAGAGCGCGGAGAAGCAGCGCCGUGUCACCGCUCAAACGCAGCUGCCGCCGGUGGACCUCUCCAGCCAGCCGCUGCUGUCGCUCAGCGACCCCCUGGGCGACCUGGGGCUGCUGCCGCCGCUGCCGUCGCCGGCGGACGGCGGUGAUGAGGAGGGUCUGGGAGACGGCGAUGAGCGCGUGGAGCUGCCGCCGCCGCCCGCGCUGGCGCUGCCCGCCCCUUUAGUGCAGGCACUGCAGCAGCCACCUCCGUGCGUGCCGCCUCCGCAGCCGCCUCCGUGCGCCUGGCGGCAGCACAGGUCGCGUGCGGCAGGUUGUGUCGCGCAUCGAUGCAGGGCUGGGGCUAGGCGCUGGCGGUUCAGGCUGGGUGGAGUGCGGGUGAGCCGGGCGGCUGCACUGCAGGCUGUGGGCAACAGUGAGAGCAGCAAGCGCUCGUAUGAGGCCUUUGAGGACGCGGCGGAGGCCAAGCGCGAUGCCAACCAGCAUCAGCACAGGCAGCUCGCGAAGUGCGCUAACUUUAAGAGCCAGGCAGUGGAGGAGCCGGCGCUGCCUCCGUUGGGGUGUGAGGGCGAUGAGGAGGAGGAGGAGAAGGAGGAGGAGCAGGCGGCUGGCGGGGCGGCUGAGGAUGCGGCCGGGGGCUCGGGUCAGCAGGAGCAGCAGACCGGGGACAGGGUGCGCGCACUGGUGGCGCGCAUCAACCAGAAGGGGCAGUCGGCGGCGGGCAGCCAGGACGACGAUGAGCUGCCGCUACCCCAGAUUUAGGGGGACACGAUGACCGAGUAAAUAUGUAACGCACCCGCUUGCUUCCCAGUCGGGUUUCUCACGAGUUUUCCCGGAGUGUUCCCGGAGUUAUCCCUGAGUUAUCCCCGAUGAUUCCCAGCAUUUUACAGCGGCUCCGUCUCGGCGGUCUAUCCAACUAGGAGUUCGCAGUCGUUUGGGAUCCCAAGUCGGAAGCGAACGGUGUGGGUCCGAGACCAAGUGGGAGGAGGGGGCUGGGUUCCCAGUCAGCCCAGUAGGAAUCAAUAGUCGGCCGAGGGGCCAAUCGGGAGCCAAACGGAGUCAGGUCGGGGGCCCAAAUCCGUCCUUUUCGGGGAUUGUGGUGCUGGAACACCGUUGUGUAUGGAGGUAGUGAGAACUACCGGGUUUGGAAGGCAAGGCCAUGUAAAUAGUCGGUGUC